GUGAGGUUCAGGUGUGCAGCCCCUCGGGGCGCGGCGUCUCACUCUUAAGUGAGUCACGAAGGGAUAUAUGGGUGUCCGGCAUACCCGUCAAGUCCGGUGGGGCUCUUCUGGUGAGGCAUCUUCCUAUCAUUGAGACUGCAGAAACCUCAAGCCAAAAUCACCUACAAGAAGUACACUGACCUUCUAGGCCGAAGACUGGUGUUCUUGGAGUCGCGCUCGUCCAGUUCAAAUAGACAUUACACGUACUUCGUGUUGCUUUAACCGACUUCGGCAAGAUAUAUUUGGCAGCAAUCAUGUACGAAGCGCAUCGAACCAAAGAGGGACGCUCAGAAGCGUUUCGUCGACCUGCAGGCAUACCGUUGAACUGGCGUGCUCCUCAAGUUUGAGAAAAGCUCUGUCAUCGAUUUCAAAGUUCUUGUUCUGCUGCGACAUCUGCAUCCGUGGAGAGCUCAGGGCGGGCAAAGAUAUAUCAGCAACACUUGUUAUGAACUCUCUCCAAGCAGCACUGGACAGAACGUGUUUCACUAACGGAUGGAAUUAUCGUUUGACUAGUCCCGCCCGCCCCAUUCUAUGGGUCCACCACUUCACCUCGGCUCCCGCUUCCCUUCAGUUUACGAAGUUUUCCAGCAGAUUUCAUGGUUUCGCCCAAACGUCACAAAGGUUUUCUGCCUCCCACUCGGAGUUUCUCACCGCGUUGACCCAUGAUAGCCUCGACUUCAGCCGCACAACCAUGAUUCUGUUUAUCUUGGACAACUCCUGGUUAAAGGACAAAUUUAUAAUUGACCUGGCGAGACACUUCAUUGCUCGGUUUGAUAUUAGUCACAGUCAUCUAUCUCAACACAGAUCACGGCAGAAAGACUACCCACAGUAUGGCCCGUAUGUUAAAUCAAGACGGCGGGACUGGAAUUCAUUUCUUGAACAUUCUCCCGAGACCCUGUCCGCGCCAUGUGAUAUCCUGGAAGCAAAACAGCGCGACAUUCAUGAAGGGACACGAAUCAAAUACUCUUCCUUCGCAAAAUCACCAUGGACAGCAGAAUAGAUUGCCACCCACUUACUUGUCCCACGCUGUGGAACAUGCAGUCAGGUUGAAUCCACUCGCAUUGGCGACCUGGUAUUUCGACUGCAUAUAUAUGAACUCUAUCACAUUUCUCCACGGUCCUGUUUCAUGCUACCUGCAGAAAAAGACUCACUUUUUGCAUCAGGUGAGCAGCUGCGCACGACAGGCUAGUUUCUCAUCAACGGCUCUCACGCAGUUCACUCCCUGGUCGAUUCGGCUGUCAAGCUUGUUGUUCGUGGAUAAAAAUGGAUAUCAAAUAACUUCCUCACAUUUACACGAGUUAUUAGCUGGAAAACAAAUCCGCCUUCUUAGACGAUCUCAACGAUGCUUGAGCAGUGCGGGAGAUGGAAUUAUACGAUCAAUAAGCACAGAACUUGGAGUUCUUUACAUUCUAACACCCCUUAAACCGUCACAGUUGAAGUCUGUAGACAUGGUAAUGUUGUUUGACAUGGUACUUCCUUUGCAUCUGAUACUCAUUAACAAAUUGGUGCACGUUCAUCCAUUCUCCUGCAAUAAUGGCUUAGCUACCUCAGGUUCAGGUGCAAAAGUGAUUCGCAGUCGGAGAAACAUGUGGCGAGGUGACAGGCACGUCUUAUCUGGAAAGCAAUAACUAUCGCGAAGCAUCAUUCCUGUCAAAAUUAUUAUUCUCUGCACAGCCCCGUGCAAACAUAUAAAGAGCAUGUGGCGGAAUUGCAUGGGACACACAGGCUGAUGUGGGAUAGCGCAGAACCUGGUGAAAUGCGGAACCAUAUCAGCACAAACUCGAAUGACUGCACCCUUGUUCCCCAUUUAACUUGGUCGCAAUAAUAAAAACUCUCCAGGGGACGAGCUGACGGACGGAGAGACGAAUAAGGGUCAUAGAUGUGUUCUGAUGAGCCUCCGAAUCUGUGCGUUUUGGGCUAUGGAUAUGACGAAUUAUUUUUAAAAAAACCGUAUCUACAUGUAUAACAGUAACACAUAGUCUAUAUAACUGCUGAUGAUGAAGAUUUUGCGAUUUUACGAAGGUAUAUUACCUUCGUACGUAUAUGUAGUUGUUAUUAGUUAUUCCCCAAAUUGCUAAAAUUUUGCUAGAUUUAUUUUAGCAGUAAUUGGCACCUUCGAACGAAGGUAACCUUCGUGUAUAUAUAUAUAUAUGCAUGACAAUAAUAUAUAU